CUCUCCCACGACAACCCCACAGUCAUUUCUGCACAUUUGGGGAUAUAUUCUCAGUCUGAGAUCUGAUAAAUCCUAUUUUCCCGCCAAUUUUACCCGUCUGGGACCUCCCAAAAUCCAUCAAGAUGCCUCCAAAGAAGGUCGAGAAGCAGGGCACGGGCAAGAAGCCUUCUGCCACCAAGAUCGUAGAGGACAGAACGUUUGGCAUGAAAAACAAGAAGGGCGCACAAACACAGAAACAAAUUGCACAGAUGACACAAUCUGCGAAGGCUGGUGGCACCCCAGAGGAGAAGAAGAGAGCGGCAGAGAAGGCACAGAGGGAGAAGGAAAAGGCUGCUGCUGAGGCUGCGCAGAAAGAAGUGGCAGAGCUUUUCAAACCAGUUCAAGUUCAGAAAGUUCCAUUUGGGGUGGAUCCUAAGACAGUACUCUGCCAAUUCUACAAAAAGGGCCACUGCGAAAAGGGAAGGAAGUGCAAAUUCUCCCACGAUUUGAAUAUCGAGCGGAAAUCCGAAAAGAAAGAUUUGUACCAGGAUACUCGGGAGGAGGAGGAAGCCAAGAAGAAGGAAGAAACAUCCGCGGACUGGGAUGAAGAGAAGUUGAGAACGGUCGUCCUAUCGAAGAAAGGUAACCAAAAGACAACUACCGACAAGGUCUGCAAGUUCUUCAUAGAGGCCGUCGAGGAAGGGAAAUAUGGGUGGUUCUGGACCUGUCCCAAUGGGGGCGAUAAGUGCAUGUAUCAGCACAAAUUACCACCGGGCUUCGUCUUGAAAACAAAGGAGCAGCGGGCCGCAGAAAAAGCUCUUAUGGACAAAUCGCCUCUGAAAACACUUACCCUCGAAGAUUUUCUCGAAUCAGAACGGCACAAGCUUACUGGAACUCUCACUCCUGUCACACCAGAGACAUUCGCAAAGUGGAAAACAGAACGCAUGGACAAAAAAGCAGCUGAGGAUCAAGCCAGGCUUGCCAAGGAAGCCACUGGCCGUGCUCUGUUCGAGAAGGGAGACUGGGAAGCAAGCGGUGAUGAAGACGAAGAAGAUGGUGGCGACGAGGACGAUGAUGAUACUUGGAACAUGGAGAAGCUACGGCAAGAAACCGAGGCCUUAAAAGAAAAGAAGGAGGCCGAACGGAUAGCAGGCUAUGGUCAGGGUGCGACUGCCAAUGGCGACAACGGUGUUCUGGGGAAUGUUGAGCCGGAUAUCAAUGGAGCAGAUGAGGGAGGGGAAGCAUCUUAACCAACAGCAUAUUGACGGUCUUCGAUUACAUUAUAACGACUUGAAUUUAGCGUCAUUGGAAAUGGGGAUGGCGUCUUGGUCAUAUUUGGAUGGGGCCGUGGUUUAUUCACACCAAUCUGCAUCGGCAAACACAACCUUUGCAUCGUCUGUGGUGAUGACUAAAAUAACCAUAUUACAUAGCGUUUUACGACUCUCUCGGCCAAGGCUGCUGUCCACGAGGAUGCAGCUAUGCGAACGAAUAGCAAGACUUGUCAGAAAGCUUACUUGCUUCUGUGCCUCCACUUCUGCCAUCAUCCAAAUCCGUGAUCAAUUGAAGAAAGCUCAGUUGCUCACCCCUGGUACCCCAGAGUUUUACCUGCAGGCCUCGUCUACCAGUUCACCCAUUGGGACUUGUCAGUACGGUAGUACCAUAGGGUAAGUUACUACAAACUGUAUCUUAUGUAUUCAGCCUCCUAGGUUCUCCCCUAAAACAUUUAUCAAAUUCGUUACGC